GUUAACACCGGAUUUAUCGCUCAUACAGCAGAUGUCACCGCCAACUUGUUGCAAGGAGUUCAAGGUCCCUUAAGUAUCGCUUCUGCGGGCGAUGAUGCAAUACAGACCCAGGAUCGAAGAUUUCAGUCGGAGAAUAUUCUGAAGCAGAACGGAUGGCCGUAUAAGAUCAGCCUCUACUCUCAUUUGCGGCAUGGCUUUGCUGUGAGAAGAGCUGUCAUAACGAAAGCAGAAGUUUAUGCGAAGAAACAGGCGUUCUUUCAAGCUGUGCAGUGGUUUGAGAAGCAUCUUGUUGAUGGGAGUAAGGAGGAACAGUGA